CAUCUUGAUAUCCCUUAUCAUUUCCUGGACGAUGUUAGAAAGGUUUGUGAGCAUACAUGUAUAUUAUUUUGAUAAAUAUUUCGUCCACAAGGAUAUACCCUGAGACUCCUAGUACAGUAGAAUGUCAAGUGUUGUUGGACAGUAGCAGAGUUACCAAUGACUUUCUUUUUCUGCAGUACCCUUUCCCAGGCCCCCCCCCCCCCCCCCCCUCUCACAUAUCCCCCUCUUAUACCACCCCACCCACCCACCCCACCCACAAAACACACCUCUUUUAGUCUACUCUCCCACUCACUACACACAACAAAAACACCAUUGACUUCCUUUUUCUCCCCUCCCCUUCCCCCCCCCCCCCCCCCCACCAUUUUCAAAGCAUCCCAUUCUGAUACACCCCCACAUCAAGCCAGUCUCCAAAUCACCUAUUUUUUUAGGGGAAUGUAGUCAUGAAUUAAGGACAAACAAUCUUUCAGGGGUGUUGCUAAAAGCCAGCUGUCGGCUACUUUCACCGGCUGAAAAAGCGCUCACCACCAGCUCAAAUUGCAAAUGAAAACAAAGAUGUAGGGGAAUUUUAGAGAUGCAGUUGAGUAAAAAAGCCAGCCUGCUUUCAGGCUUGUCACAAAGUUUUGAAGUAGAUGGCCGAGUUGUCAGAGUAAGCGGCCAAUUCCAGGGAUAUUUUAAUUUAAUAAUGCAAUCCGUAAAGAAAUGCCAAGCAGAGUAGCUGGUCAAUACUAACCAAGUAGGCAGCAAUUUUCGCCAGCAGCUGGCUACUUUUGAUAACCCUGCUGCUUUUAUUUUCCUUAGCUACACCUCUGCUUUAUUAUAAAGCUUAAUCCUUGAGCAGAUAAGAUAAAGUGAAUCUUGUUUUCUGAUUGGCUGCCAAAGCUGGUAAGAUGGCCAGCCACUCUGCCUGCUGGGGAUUUCCUGUAUUGGUUCUGCCAGAAAAAAACGUAUCUUUUUGCCAUGAUAAAUCCUUUAUUGGCCAAACUUGUUCGGUCAAGAUUGCUGGAUAUUGGCCUCAUUCCUAGCGGGAAAGCUGCACAAAAAGACAGUUCCUUGUUGUUAAUCGCAGGUGGCAUGACAUAACACUGAAGAUUGAAAAGACUGAACAUUAUGCCAAUUAUAUGCAACACCGCAGUACGAUACACAACCAACAAUGGUUUCCACAAUACCAAGAAAAACUCAUAAAAAGCUGCCAGAAACCAUAACAUGAAACUGUAAGAUUAACCAAAAACAAUUUUAAAAUUUGGGAAAAUUCAAAUACAUUUAUUAUGCCAGAGAUUUGGAGACCAGUACAGAUUAGUACUGUGUGUGAGAUUCGGAAAAUGUCGGAGAGUUUGCUCAAAUUUAUAGGAAAAUUCCUUUUAAAUGUUUCUUUUUAUUAACAAAUGAAAAUAACAAACAUACCUAAAAGUAGUUGUUCAGACAUCACUUUGCUGGGAAAGUUAAUAUAUCAACGGACUUGAAAGUUUAGACUCCUUUACAAGUCAACAAUUUUUUCAACAAUAAUGUUAACACUACCUGCCCAAACUUAAGUGAUCACUAUCGCGGAAAACUGUAGAUAUUUCAUCUUUGUAAAUAGUUGAUCUUAAAAAAAUAAUCUUGUAAACUUGCACUGACUGCCAACACUUCAAUUUGAAGAGGGUUCAAAUCAAAAUUCAAGAACAUUGCUAAAAUAUAGUACUGAAAGGCAAGUUAUAAAAUCCAAAAGUUCUGCCAUGUCCAUAGGAUUUUUUUCCACAGAAGACGAAAGUCAGAACUAUUGUUCAUCGAUAUAAUUAUCAUGUCCUGGUGACUGUGAUUACAAAAGGUAACCUGUAUAGUACAGAAUAGUGGCAGCUGUUUAUUUUUGUUCUUCUGUUAUUUUUUAUUUUUUGCAGCACUGUGUGCAACACAAGAUUGCUUAUAGUCCCAUUCUCAUUCGCCUGGAUUGUGGUGCAACACCUAGCCAGCCAUUUGGCCGAUGGGAGAUUCAUGGUUUAGGAUUGAUCGGUUUGUACAAGAGCGACUGGGACAAAGCAGGUGGAAUGAACAUUGAGGAAUUCAAGGAUAAAUGGGGUGGGGAGGACUGGGAACUGAGUGAUCGCAUUUUGGAGGCUGGCAUGGAGAUAGAGAGACUAAAAAUGAUGCACUUUUUUCAUUACUUCCAUUCAAAAAAGGGCAUGUGGAACACCAUGAAUGAUCAACUUAAGUUCAGUAAGACACUAGUAUGACAUAGUCAUUCUUGGAAAUAGUGUAUUUGGUCGUAUCAUACUUAAUUGAGUGGAAUGGUUAUGAAACCCGUCAGACUUUUUUGUUAUAUGUUUUUGUGGACCUGAAAGUGCACAACGUUCAAAAGAAUUCCUAUCAUUUUGAUUGUAUUGACCAAUAAAAACGUUGCAUUAAUUUAUUCUGUAACAAUUUGCCAACAGAAAAUAAAGGAUUGUGCACUUUCAGGGUGCUUCCAACAUAAACUGCAGCACUGUUGUUUUGAUCAUUGAUGUUUGCCGCUUUUCAUAACCAGUCUCCUCUAAUAACUAUGGUCAUAUGUACAUCAUUUCAGGAAUAACUUUUGAAGCUGAGUUCAAAGAUUAUUCGUACGCAUCCAAAAGAAAGAUCACUGCCCUUUUCAGCAAAACCAAAGAAGAUAGCAAUGAUUUUUUAGUGAUGUCUGCUGUGUAGGGAACAUAUUCAUCAAAAGAGUCAUGAUUCUUUCUCUUAACAGACACUUUCCUGAGAAGUUAUAGACACCCCCUAAAACACAUGCCUAAAGUUGCUGCCAAUUGUUUUUUAGUCUUAUUGCUACUCCCAAACUCCCAAU